GGAAAGGUAAAGGCAAUAAGCUAUAAGGACCUGAAGCAAGCACAAGCAAAGCGCGCUGUGAAAGAUAAAGCUAUUGCGGCUAAAGGCAAGGAAAAACGCGGUCGCUCGCACAAGAAUCCUGCGCCAGAGGCAGCGACAGAUGCGGCUCCGCUGGAGGAGGAGGUGGUGGUAGAUUCAUCGGCACCACUGAAUAAGGUAGCGUGGCUGAGCGAGGUUGAACCAGCAAGACCUCUAUUUCCAUGGCAGGCUCCAGUAGCGAAAAUGUAUUAG